CUUCAUUUCCACAAUCAAAAUUUGAAAAGGGAAUCGAAUGGCUGAUUCCAUGACUAAAAGCAACACACAACAAGAAGUUUCUUCUUCAUCAGUGAAUUGGAAGGAAAAGAUAUUUCUUCCCACUCUCUUAGCUGGGGUGACUGGUGGAGGAGCUGGUUUGGUAUCAAAGCAUCGGAAAGUACAUGGCUCAGCAAAUAUUUGUGGAACCUAUGCAACUAAUUUUGCUAUUGUUACUGCCUGUUACUGCGGUGCUCGUGAGUUUGUAAGAGCGAGUAGAACAGGAAAGCCUGAUGAUCUGCUUAACUCAGCCAUUGGAGGUUUUGGUAGUGGUGCUAUACUUGGACGUCUGCAAGGUGGUACACUUGGUGCCGUACGUUAUUCUGUCAUGUUUGCAGUAGUUGGAACAACAGUUGAUUAUGCGACUAUAAGAGUAAAACCAGCCUUGAGAAGCUACUACGACUCUCUGGUAAAUAAGAGAGAUGAUUGGUUAAAACUUCCCGAGUGGUCGCCUAUCAAAGUGCUUGAUGAGGAGGCUCUUGCUGCAAAGCGUGCUCGGGAAGAGGAGCUAUACAGAAGUGUCCACAAUCUGAAGAAGGAAUCAUGAUCAGAAGCAAAGCAUGUAAGCACACAUGACUUCCAUUUCGAGAUUGUAGAAACAGAAAUUGAGACACUUCGAGCAGUUUCCUGGCUGUUACUGGCACAGAUUGUAGAAACAGAAAUUGCAAAGCAUUUGAUGGGUGUUCGACAUUUUUCUGAACUUCCAAUGCAAGUUGAGUCACACUAAAGGAAAGUGCAAAUCUAGAAUAAAUAUUUGCUUAUGUUAUAGCAAUGGCAAUAACAUGUUAUAUAAGUGGCAAUGCUGCUUACUUUUUAUUAUUAAAUUCUGCCAACCUUUUAGUACAAUGCAUUAGGAUAUUGGCUAUCUUAUUUCUAGGAAACUCCCACUUGGGGGGAGCAGUGUAUAUGUGUCAUAGCUAUGUUGGUGGAAACUAAUCAAAUAGUUUCAUUACUCAUUUCAUUGGAAGAAUAGCAACUUAUCCAAAGGUUGAGAGACAA